GACUUGGUCUGAUUAUCCAACAAAAUUUUUUUCAGGCGACGAGCACUUUGCUCUAAGACUGUCAUUUAAAAAUGGCCGCGCCCAGAGACAGCGAGUUUCAUACUUGGUUGGAAGACAGAUUAUUGAAAAUAAACCCUGACAUAGAUCUCGGAGUUUUUGUGGACUAUAUUCAAGGCGUUUUGGAAACUGAGACAGACAAAGAUGAAAUGAUAGAUGGCAUUUCUGGCUUACUAGGAGAAGUUGUGGAAGAUGACGUAGAAGGUGUUUGUGAGACAAUUAUCAGCAAAUGGUUAGAGCAUAUCCAGCUGAAAGCGACAAAAGCAGAAGAAGAAACCAAGCUUGCUGAUCAAAAGCUUGCAGAUAUGCUGGAAAAACAAAAGAUCUCCAUACCCACUGUGAAACCAAAAACAGAGGAAGAGAAAGCUCGAAAAGCUGCCAUUUUACAGCAAUAUGCAGAAAUUUCUGAUGGAGAAGUGACAGACUCUGAUGAAGAUGGAGGUGACAGUUUAUUGGUGAAAAAUGAAAACUUACAAAAAGUUGGUGCUGAAGAAAAAGAAAAACGAGAAAAGUUAAAACAACAGCAUGAGCAAAAGAAAGAAAAAGAUAAACUGGACAGAGAAAAACAGAAACAAAAGCAAGCAGAAAGGAAAGAAGCAGAGAAGAAAAGGACUCAGAAAGUAGAAAAAAGAAUGAGAUAGUGACUAAAAAAGGUUCUUUCAUCCCCCCUCCUCCGCCCCAAUAUAAAUAUAUAAGGAAAACUUCUUAUAUGGUCUCUUAUCUGUUCAAGGCAACAUUGGUUUUUUUUGGAAAAGUAGAAAAAAAUCUGUCUAGUUUGUUGUCAGUCUAAAUAGAUCCCCCUAUCUCAGCAGGGGGUUUGAUUAGGAUUGCCACACACGAGAAACAAGUACACCACCACUCACCUCAGGUCCUUUGAGAGUGGAUGGUACAACAGAGGGUUUUGAUUGGUGAGCAUAUUGUAAUAAGACAGAUCACACCAAGAAGGGUUCACCCAGCUCUGGAGAUAAGGCAUAAGAUUGAAAAUCAUAAGAGGAGUAUUUCCUUUGCAAGAUAUCCAAAUUGCAAUCGUUAUGAGGGUAAUUUAGA